AUGGCCUUCGCUGGACCCAUGCGCCACUUGCUCCAGGAGGCCGAAGAGGCUGCCGCCGCAACGGAGCCCACCGUCACCUUCCCUGAUGACUACCCCAACUCCGUCAGGCACUUUCUCCUCAUCGGAUUCUUGGGCAUGUUCAUCGGAGCCAUUGUGUUCUUCUACAUGGGUAUCUCCCGCAAGGUCAACACAGUGAUGCACGUCCUCACCUUCUUUAUCGCUGCUGUUUCUGCUUGCUCCUACUAUGCCGAGUGGGCUGGUCUCGGUGUCGAGUACAAGACCACCGACACCACUCCCCGUGUCAUCUUCUGGGCUCGCUACCUUGACUGGGUUGUCACUGGACCUCUCAUCCUCACUGACUUGGCUCUCCUCUCCAAGUCUGACACCCCCACCAUCAUCUCUUUGGUUGGCAACAUGGUCCUCUACGUCAUCUGCGGCCUCAUUGGAGCCCUCACCGUGGCCCCUUACAAGUACAUGUGGUGGGUUGCCGGACUGAUCUUCUUGAUCAUCGUCUUCAUGCUCCUCCUCCAGCGCCUCAACAACGCUGAGGGAUAUGGCGGAGAUGCUCUCAAGGGCUUGACCUGGCUCACCAUCCUUGUGUGGAUUGUCUACCCCAUCGUCUGGAUUGUCGGAUCUGAGGGCACUGGAGCUUUGGGUCUUUCCCAGGAGGUCGGCAUUCUCACCAUUGCUGAUUUGAUUGCCAAGAUCGGCUUCGGCUUCUACCUUUUGGCCAACGUUGAUGCUCCUGAGUCUGAGUCUGUUCCCCUCAACCAGUCCUCCCAGCAGUACGUUUAA